CUCUUUUUUAUCCAACCCGUUUCCUUUUUCCUCCUUCCAUCCUCCGUAGCAUGAGCAGCAACAACAACACUUUCCUCUUCACUUCUGAAUCCGUCGGUGAGGGUCAUCCCGACAAGAUUUGUGACCAAGUGUCCGAUGCUAUCCUCGAUGCCUGCUUGGAGCAAGAUCCCCUCUCCAAGGUUGCUUGCGAAACUGCUACCAAGACUGGUAUGAUCAUGGUUUUCGGUGAAAUCACAACCAAGGCCAACCUUGACUACCAAAAGAUCAUCCGUAAUGCCAUCAAGCAGAUUGGUUACGAUGAUUCCGACAAGGGUUUCGACUACAAGACCUGCAAUGUGCUCGUUGCCAUUGAACAACAGUCUCCUGAUAUUUCCCAAGGUUUGGUCCAAAAGUCUUUCAACAUUGAAGAUAUUGGUGCUGGUGAUCAAGGUAUCAUGUUCGGUUAUGCUACUGAUGAGACUCCCGAGAUGAUGCCCUUGACCAUUGUCUUGGCUCACAAGCUUAACCGCCGUAUGGCCGACCUUCGUCGUGAUGGCACCCUUGGCUGGCUCCGUCCCGAUUCCAAGACCCAGGUCACCAUCGAAUACAAGAACGAGAACGGUGCGAUGAUUCCUCUCCGUGUGGAUACCAUUGUCAUUUCCGUGCAACACGCCGCUGAGAUUGAAACGGAAGAUUUGCGCAAGGCUUUGAUGGAACACAUCAUCAAGCCCGUGGUUCCUGAACAUCUUUUGAAGGACACCGUCUACCACUUGCAACCUUCCGGCAAGUUCAUCAUUGGUGGUCCUCAGGGUGAUGCUGGUUUGACCGGCCGUAAGAUCAUUGUCGAUACCUAUGGUGGUUGGGGUGCUCACGGUGGUGGUGCUUUCUCCGGUAAGGAUUGGUCCAAGGUCGAUCGUUCCGCUGCCUACACUGCCCGCUGGAUCGCCAAGUCCCUUAUUGCCGCCAAGCUUUGCCGCAGAGCUCUUGUCCAGCUUUCAUACGCCAUUGGUGUCGCCGAACCUCUUUCCAUCUUUGUUGAGACUUACGGUACUGCCACCAACCCCGAGCUUGACUUGGUUGAAAUCAUUCGCAACAACUUUGACCUCCGUCCUGGUGUGAUUGUGAAGGAACUCGACCUCUUCAAGCCCAUCUACCAAAAGACUGCCGCUUACGGUCACUUUGGUCGUGACGAAUUCCAGUGGGAACAUCCCAAGGCUUUGAAGUUCUAAGCGCGUGUCUUCUUCCUCGGCAUUCAUGUCAUGUUUUCAACAAACUGCAUUCUAAAUUUUCAUUAUAUCCUUCUAUUUGCAAGAAAAUCAUUUUUUCUACAUUUUUGCUCUUCCUAAUUCCGCACCUUUCUAUUUUAUAAUGUUAGAUAGUCGCUUUCUUUUCUGUUCUAUAUAUUUUGUUUUUUUAUGGCGAUUCAACAUCGUCAGCCGACAGCCAUCCCGGUUGCAGGAUGGAUUUUCUCUUUGGUUUUUCCAAUCACAAAAAUAAACAACCAUGUUGAAAAUGUGAUACAAAACACUUGACGGUAAUACGAUGUCUUUCCUUUUUUUGGGGGCACCAGUAGUUGAUCCAAUCAUGCUUCCCAUGCAUGCGGAGCAUCUGACAGCAUUUGCAAAUAGUAAAACCCCAGUCGGACUUUGGCGACAAAUUGGAAAAUCAGUGAAAAACGCUGCUGUUUGAAAAUAGAAAGGGAUCUGCACGGUAAAAUAAAA